AUGUCUGCAAUGAACUUUCUUGAUUUGCCAUGGGAACAUGUUAUCUGUAAGAAGAUUUUAAGAUGUUUAAGAAUCGGUAAUCUUUUUCGUUUGAGAGCUGUGUGUAAGGAUUUCAGGGAUUUAGUUCAACUUUACUUUGAUACUGGCUUUUACCUAAAUCUUCUUCCAUGUUCAGGACACAUGACAUCAGCAGCUUUUGUGAUUAUCACAAGAAACUGUUACUGCAUCAAACGAAUGAAUCUAUCAAAUGGUAGAAAUUGGCUUCAGAAUGACAAUCUUAUACCAGUGUUAAGGAAUAAUAAUCAAUUGAUUGUGAUUAAUUUAACUGGUUGUUCCAGUCUUACUAACAUUUCUCUGCAAGCAAUAGCCUCUAACUGUCCAGGUUUACAAACACUGAUAUUGCGAGAUUGUUAUUGGAUUAAUAAUGAAGGUAUAUUAUCAGUGUGUUUAAACUGUAAAGAAAUAGUUCAUCUAGAUUUAACCGGUUGUUGGAAUAUUGGUGAUAGUACAAUCAACUCUUGUUUAAUGCGAUUAAAAUUUUUAGAAGUUUUAUCAUUAGCUAAAAUCUAUGGAGUUACUAAUAAUACAAUAAUGGCAAUAGCAACGACAUGUAAAAACAUACGCCAUCUUAAUAUACAUGGAUGUUGGAGGGUGACAAAUGAAGCUAUUUGGUUGUUAGGAGAAUAUUGUCUAGCAUUACGUAUGUUACAAGUAAAGGACUGUAGAGAUAUCACAGAGGCUAGUCUAAGUCGUCUUAGAGCCAAGAAAAUUCGCAUUGAUGUCCCACCACCAGCGGGUUGCCCAAAUUUAGCUAUAUUAGCUGGUAGAUCAUUGCAUAUCCAAACUUGAUAUAUUAUGAUUUAGUUUCAGGUUUAUUCCAUGGGCUUCUGUACUCUUCUACGAUCUGAAGAGAACCUUCUUGAAUUGCUCACUUGACAUCCUGAUUUCAAUCUUUGUCAGGUUUAUAAAUUUAAUAUCUCAAACUUUCUCACCAGACUUGUGGGAUCUAGAAUCUAGAAAAAACAAGAAGAUAUUUAGAUUUAUGUGUUCAAAUCAAAACAAUUCCAAACCUAGAUAUAUUACCAUUUGCUCAAAAUUCCAAAUGAUAACAUAUUUCAAAUAAAAUCCAACCCAUAAUUGUUUCAACACUGUCAAAAUAUUGUUUUCUGAAAUUAUGGAAACCACAAAUGUUGGACAAAAACAGAAUACCAACAGAAGCUGCGUAUCUUUCAAAUUAUUCUUUUGAUGGACCAGAAUUAAAGCGAAAAUUUGAUUUUUUAAUGGUUUUCAAAAACUUACUUUAAAAGCACUCUUAACUGGCAAUUGCUUUAGUGAGUGUAUGGUAUUUACUGGUAAAAUAUCUUCAUUGGAUGUAUAAUAUGGUGUUUAUAUUACACUGUUACUAAUUGUUGUGUAAAAAUUAUUAUUGUUAUGUCUGUAAUAAAAUUAU